UGCGAACUAAGCUAAAGGCGGGGUUGCAUCCGGAGUAUCUCUUGCACUUUCUGAAGAAAGCAUUUAAUAUAAAUUUGGGCCACAAUUUCUAGCAAGAAAAGUUAUUUUGCCGUGCUGCAAUUUUCGUCUUCUAACGACAUGGCUUGUCAAACCAGAUUCGAAAAAAUGUCUCCUUUCUUGUCUUCACAAGUAGAAAAGGAAAAGGAACAAUUACGUAUUAUGAUGGCAAAGAGGUUUAGGCCCGAUAGCAGUGAGAUGGCAGCUGAGCUGCGUACACUUGGUGAGUCUUUAAUUUUCAAUGUUCUCUUGCGGUAAUGCAUUGCUAAGCACAAUCACAGCGGACGCCUUAGACGAAAACUUGGAGUUCCAGCGGUUGAUGAGUGGAAGGCCGAGAACAGAAGAUGUUGAAGGUAUUUAAACUCUUUACGCACAGCAUAUGAAGACUUCAUACUAAUGUACUCGCAGAUCAAAUCCUUCCGCGACUAGCAGAUUUGAGAUCCAGGAGUGAGAAAGCAAAUGGUUUACACGAUGAUCCACCCAGACUGCCGACGCCGUCUCAACAGAGAUCUGCGUCUAGAGAUACUCUCCGUCGUACUGAGCGGUCGACAAACCUGUGUGGAAUGCAUAAUGGGCAGUCCGACCCUCGGGCAUAUGGGAGAAGCGCUGCAGAGCGUCUACCGCUAGGGAGACAUUAUUCGGAAAACGACGUUCCUAAGGAAAUUGUGCGCCCAAGCUCCACGCAUCCAGCCCGCUCAAUGACCCCACAACCCGCUCGGCCAAAAACUAUCCAGUCCAUUCGGUCAAUGACUCCACAGCCAGUACCUACGAGUAAUCAUGUUCAUCAUGGCUCCAAUAGUCGGAAUCACAGUCAACCAGCUUAUGCUCGUGCUUCGGCCCAUACAGCUAUCGUUGCUCGUGGUGGCCAAGAUCGACGUCGUAGUCGACCACCCCCUCCUCAGCGUUUGUACGAAGUACCUGACCCCCCGCAAACAUAUGGUCUGAGUCUCCCUCCAGACCUGGAGUCAAAUCCAUAUUACCGACCACAAGUUGCGUGCCCGUCUGAACGUGUUCCUCGGAGAGAGUGCUUUCCUCGAAUUGCCGAGGAAAAAAGAGGCAGAAAAAUGGAGGCAAGUUUAUGGGCGAGUCAUCAUGAGACAAUAUACCAAAACGAUUCUAACAUUCUUGAACGAGAAUAUGAUCCUGAGAGAGACGAUGACGCUGAAUCUGUGGGAUCCUUGGAUCAUUUCCAGCCGACUGCACCACCCAGGAUGAUCAAGGCCCAGAAUAGAGUUACAUGGAAUGGAUCAUUCGGCCGGUGACCGCUAGGCUCGCACAUCAAGACCACUUCAGACGUCGACAGCUCAAAUCCGCUCAUUAACACUGCAGAGCCAGAAGUGAAAACACAUGUGUUUCAUUCUGGUAGUCAUUCUUUUUUUCUUUCUAUAUGAGAACUUCUCUCAAUUUCAUUCUUUCUGACGACGAAAUCUGUUCAACAACUCAUGGCAUGGGUGGUGUUCUAAUAUAUGAUCAUGCCAUUGUGCAUUUGCUCACCUUUCUUCCAGGAGAAGAAGUGGAAUUAUCAAUUUGCAUCAUGCCAGGCAAGGCAUGUUGGUUGUGGCCAUCGAUGCUAUCAUUGAGGCUACCAACCUAUGAUAGAUGUUAUGGAUAGAGCUGAUGGGUGGGUGGAUGCAGUGUCUCCCUGCUGCCAUGAUAAAAGCUGGAGUGUGUAGAUUUCUUAGGUUCAGGAAGAGAAAUUCACCAGUUGGUUAUCAAGAGUAGUUGUUAUUAAGUCAUCGGGCCGACAAAUCAUCCGGAGGUCCGUGCAGGGAAAACACCCAGAGCAAUCGGCCUGCUAUUAUGUAUACAAAUUACUUGAUCAUCUACUUACUUCCUCAGAUAAUUCUUUAGAGAAUGGUAAAUUCUUCAAAUAUGCAAUCAUUAAAGAGAAAUUUGA